AUGUUUCACUUCAAGAACAUCAUCGUUCUCUUGUGCUUGUCCUGUCUCUUCUUCAAGGCUAGCCUGGCCACUUCUUCUGCCAACCCUACCGAAGUUGCCAAUGUCGAUGAUGUAGUUGCUGGGAAUAUUGGCACUGCAGCCGUCAAUAACCCUAACGAGGCCUUCGACGAUGUUGACGGUAAUGGCAUGUCCAUGGCUACCACAGAUGUCGAGGAAAAAAUUACCGUUUCUGCGAAGGCAGAUGCAGCGUUUUGA